CCAAGGUAACAAGUCGAGAGUAUGAUACGUGAGAUAACAUAAGGCGGGCGAGCUGCAAGAGACAGUGAGAUGGUUGAGGCCUCGCCGGUGGCAAGCUAGCACUCACACUCUCACCCCGGCACUGCAGCAGUACGACUCGCUGCAUGCUCACCAUUCCCCUUGACCUUUUGUGAAUAAUUGACUAAUUAUUGAAUAUAUUGGAUACUAUACGUAAAGCAUAAUUACUCUACCAAUAAGUUGAAGUUGAGGCCGUUGCGAGGACACUUUCGAGGCAGCUGAGACGAGUCGUCGCCACCUGGUGGAAGCAGCAAGUGAAGAAACGAUGGAAAACUAGAAGGAAGAGGAGCCUAGCGACUCAGCAGCAGCAGGUCAGCAGAGAGGUCGUCAGCAGCAGCAGCAGGUCAGCAGAGGUGCCGUCAGCAGUAACAACAGGUCAGCAGAGAGGCCGUCAGCAGCAGCAGGUCAGCAGAGGGGCCGUCAGCAGCAGGAAGAGGGAGGAGAAGCAGCAUCACCACAAAGAGAGAGAGUUACCAGCAAAGCUAAAGUAGUCUUUAGAUCAGACGGGUGAGGAGGAGGAAGGCGACAGCCGAAGAGAGAGAGUCAGCCUCCCCCAUUAGGCAGGCGGGUGGUGAGGCUACAGGAUGCUGGGCCUGGCGGAGACGAAGGCGGUGGUCCUGGUGACCAUGGGGGCGCUGACGCUGGCCGUCUGCCUCCUCCCGCUCCUCGUCAGGAAGUUGGUUAUUGGUCGCAUGCAGCGCGGCAGCACCCAGUCGUUUAUGAGCGGAUGUUUGUGCUUCGGCGGCGGGGUGCUGAUGGCAACAGUGUUCCUCCACCUCCUCCCGGAGACCAGACACCUCCUGCAGAUGGCCGUCGCUCAGGACUUCUUCCCCGCCUCCUCCUACCCGCUGCCGGAGCUCAUCGUCUGCUGCGGGUUCUUCUUCAUGUACGUGACGGAGGUGGUGAUGCACACGUGCCUCCACCGGGGGCACGGCGGCCACUCCCAUCUGCCGGUGCCCAAGCAGGAUGUGGAGAUGAACGUGGAGAUACGGUCCAAAUGCAAGGAGAAGGUUCAGUACUCCACUAAGGACGGAGACACCGACGAUGAAUGUCUUAAGAAGCUGAAGCAGGAGGAGUCUUCUAACGGUACAUUGGAGGCUCAAGGCUCGGCCGUGGAGGGAGAACUGUCUGUGCUCCGCGCCAUAGUGGUGGUGGUGGCACUCUCCGUCCAUAGCAUCAUGGAGGGCCUGGCACUCGGGCUCGUCCAUAAGCCGUCAGACGUUUGGCUACUGUUUGCUGCUCUCUCUUCUCACAAACUAAUUAUUGGUUUUUGCAUGGGAAUGGAACUGCUGGAAGCCAAAGCAUCCAAUACGUCGUUUUAUUCCUCAAUGAUUAUAUUCUCCCUGGCGUCGCCUCUGGGCGGCUUAAUUGGCACUCUGGUGGUCUCCAUGACCACUAGUGCCACACCUGCAGGAGUACUGGUGCCAACCUGCCUGCAGGGGCUCUCAGCGGGGACCAUCCUGUACGUGACCUUCUGCGAGGUACUCGAGAGGGAGCGAGCCAAGCCCCAAGGAACCUACCUCAAAAUGUGGACACUGUUAGCGGGCUUCUUGUUCAUGGCGGCCCUGCAGGUCCUGGACAAGUUCGUGCCGACUGAGGACCCCUUGCUGGCCGAAGCUGAGACACACUCCCUCACCACCUUCACCUCCCCUUACCCUAUCUUCUGAACCUUCGAGUAAAUGCUCCGACAGGUGACACCAGUCAAGUUACCGGCUCCGCUCAGGCGCGGUCAUCAUCACGCUUUGAAACACCCGAAGGCACUGAACUGUAAACAUAUAUAUAAUGUUCAUAUUUCUGUAUAAGAUACAUAAGCCGAAGCCUAAUUAUAUAUAGUGAAAGUAUGAAUAUAUGUUGUUGUUGUUUAAGAUUCGCUACCUGGAACAAAAAGUUCCAAGCAGCACGGUCUAUGGUGAACCCGUAGUUGUUGUUCUUAUAUUUCAGCGCCUAAGCGUGGCAAUACAGAGCAGGAAAUGCACACUGCAUUCCUGCUCCCGUUCAGGAGCUGGAAUAACUCGACAGCCUGUAACGACUAACUUUGUACCUUGUAUGUCAACAAUGUUGUAACCCAUUUUGUGUAAUAAAUUACUGGUUUUUA